CCGCGAACUAUCAGAUUGUUUCAUUGGAGCGAUUCAUUUUAUUAAUAGCGUGUAAAAUGAAAUUUCAAAUAAUAAUUAUUUAAAAAAUAUUCUCGUUGAAAGAGUAAACAACUUUCAUGUUCUAUUUCCAUUUUCUCUUUGGUCUCAAUAUGACGUAAUUAUGGCGCCAAGAGUUUGUUGAUGAAGGUUAAUAAUUGUCAUAAAUUAUUUAAGAAAGUUUGGAUUGUAAUAUUGUGUGAUAAGAAUAGGACUCAUACAAGUUUUAUUUAUAAUCUAUUAUUUUAUUUGUUAAAGAUCAGUGUUUAAAAUAAUUCAGAUUUGGAGUUGAAAAUGGUCAAUUUUGAAACAUUUUAAUUUAAUACACAAAAAAAUGGCAAAAGCUUUAGUACCUCGUAAAAAUGCAAAGAAGAAACAGAAUGGAAAAGAAAAUUCUGAACCAGAGCUUGAUGAAGCACACAACAGUAUUUUAGAAACUAUAUUUGGAGAUAUCAAUGAUGUUGUAGGAAGGCGAUCAUUUAUUGGCAAAAGAUCAUUAUGUAUAAAGGAUAAUGAUGAUUCAAUAAUUGAUGCAGAUGAUGAAAAGGAAAAAAGAGAAAGAAAGGAAAAGGAAAAGGCGGAGAAAGAAAAAGUGAAGAAAGAUGCUGAAAUAAAAAAAACAGGCAUUAAUAUUUUAAAUAAUCUUACUCAAGCAGAAUUAGAUGAACAUUAUUCAAAGUGUAUCCAGCUCUGUAAUCAAAAUAAAGUUAAUGUCAAAAAUGCAUUCAAGCUACAAUUGAUUGACUACAUGAAGAUUAUUUGUAUGAAACAACCUUCAAAAACAGAAAAUUUAACAUUAAUGGGUUGUACAUUAGGGGCAAGUGCAAAGAUUUAUGCUCAUAGGGUGGAUAAGGUAUAUACUGAUAUGGUUAAAAUUGUAUCAGGAAAAGAAUUGGAAGUUGAGAAAGAGGAUAGUGAUGAAGUUAAUGAAGAGGACGCAUUAAAUGAUCUGAAAGAAGAAAAUGACGGUACUCCAAAAAGGCGAAGGAGGAAAGACUCAUCAGAUUCAUUAGAGGAUGACCAUGAUAUUAACCUUAAAAAGUUUAAUUUAGAUAAGAUGCUAAUGCCAGAAAAUAGUUUAGAAAAGAAAAAAGCAGAAAAUCCACCUCAGGAAAAACCAACUCUUCCUGUUGGCAUUGAUUACUUCUUGGAUUGUCCUGUUCAAGAAGUGGAUUGCAGGAUUUCUUUUAAUCCUCCAAUUUUUUCAAAUUAUGAAAUUGAUCAAAAUAGUAACACGUUAUUUUUAAAUGCACCUCGUUAUAAUGGAAAUUUCGAAAGCCUUGAUCCUUGCAUCUUCAUCAAAGAUUAUAAGGAUCUUCAUAAAUAUUUCAAUUUAUUAGGAGAAAAAAAUAAUGAAGAGUUGAUGAAUUCUUCUUUAGCAUUUGAUCCUUCAUCAAGGAUAGAACUUCCUGAUUCCAUUAGACUCGAUGCAGAUGACCCAGAUAUAGAUUGUGAUGAUGGUGCAGCACCUGAAGGAGGCUGGGGUAUGGACUACGAUGAUGAAUGUCUUCCUGAACCAGAGCCAGAGCUAAGCGUGAAUAGCCAUAAAUCAGGGCAGGUGUCAGUAAAUCAACCCAAAUCAUUCUCUGCACCCAACAUGGCUAAGCUGGUCUCAUCAAAAUCUAACGAUUAUUCAUUUUUUGAUAAUAGUCGUUUAGACUUCUGGGCUGGUCCUAGUCACUGGUCAAUAAAAAGAGUUAAAGAUGGAGACAAAGAACCAAAGACCAGUGGUGAUAAAAUUAAAAAAACAGCUAAAAAAGACUUUCUUAUAGAUUUUAAUAAUCAUAGCUUUAAAGGUCUAAAAAAAUUAUAUGCUGAAGUGGAUUCAUCCACUCUUGCUAGAAAAACGAUGUUAACUUGGUCCAAAAGCCGCUGUAAAUUUCCUCAAGACAUAAUGUUUACACAAAGAACUCUUUUCAGCUUACUUAAAAAUACAGAACUCUUAUUCCUUAAGAAAGAUUCUAAAACAAAUCUUAUAUGCAGUGCUACUUUAAAUGAAAACGAUGAAGACACAGUGCUGACUCCAGAUGACUUCUCAGGUGAUGUAAGUCAAGUAAUGGAGGAUGGAGAUGAUAAUUUAGAUGAUCAUUGUAAUGAUGACUUUGAACCUGAUGUUAGAGAAUCCGUUUCUCCUUUGAGAACAGAUGAUGUCCCUGCUUUAAACUCUAAUUUUGAACUUCUUCCUGCUCCCCCAAAGGUGAACAAGAUUGCAAUUAAAUAUGCCAAAGUACAAAAAAGAAUUGAUGUCAAACUUUUGAAGAAUACAAUAUGGGAUUCAAUGGCACUUGAAGGACAACCGAAAAAGGAAACUCACGAGAAACCAGUUAAAUUUUCUGAAAUUUACUCAUCUUUGCCUGAUAAACUUCCCAAGGAAGAAGCUGCCGAACUAAGCUUUCCAUUGGCUUUUAUGGCUCUUCUGCAUAUGGCUAACGAAAAGAACCUGGCCCUGAAGGGUACUAAUGAUUAUGAUGAUAUUUAUGUUUCACUUGACUAGAAGUGUUUGUGAUAUAUUAUCUUAAUUUUAUUUUGUUUUCAUUUGGUUUUGUACAUAAAUUAACAUAGUUUUAACUUCAUGUAUACAUAUGUAAUUUUUUUUUUAUUAACAUAGUUUAUGUAUAAUAAUAUAUCAUGUGUCAUAUUUAAACACCAUUAUAGGUUUGUAUAUUUUAAAUAAGUUAAAAAUUGUUGAUCAUGUCGUUUAUUUAAUUUUUCAUUAUUUUUUUUUUACUAUAUUUAUUUCUAAUUUUUAUACAGACUAUAGAAAAAUAGAAAAUAUUUUUAAUUAAUUAUUACACGUUACUUUGCAAUAUGUCUAAUAUAAAUCAUAAAUGAAAA